AUGCCUACUCUGACACUGGAUGUACUGAGGGGAAAUCCACAGGGAAAGUCUGUUGACCGUUGUAUUUCAUUCAAAAGCAGUGCAUCGAAUGCAUCGUCUACUGCCUCGGCUGUCGUCAUUUCUGAGCGUAUCCAAUAUGCACACAACAAUCAAAAACAAUACUCAAAAAAAUAUGAAGGAACCUCAAAACAUGUAGUAUUUGCAAAGAAUAAGCGGAUCCCUAUGGAUUCCCUUUCUUGCUCUUGGUCCACAGCCAAACAUAUUGGUCCUGGCCUGGUCAACAUGGGAAACACCUGCUUUCUCAACUCGGUUCUGCAAUGCAUGACCUAUACUCCUCCUCUCGCCGAAUUUUUGCUUCGUGGAGUGCAUAGCUCAUCCUGCCGAACAAAGUCGUUUUGUGCCAUGUGUGUCAUGGAGUCGCAUGUAAAACAUUGUCUACAAACUAGUUCUGAAAAACCUAUUCAGCCGAGACUUUUUGUCGAAAAUCUUCGGAAAAUAUCUCGCCAUAUUCGACUCGGUCGUCAGGAAGAUGCCCACGAAUUUACUAGAUUUCUCAUCGAGGGUCUGAAAAAUGGUGAAGGUGAUCGAACCCCCGAGGCAACAUUGGCCCAUGCUAUUUUUAGUGGCAAGCUUCAAAGUCAGAUUACUUGUCUUAAAUGCAAAUCUACGUCCAAUACUUUGGAUCCUCUCAUGGAUAUAUCCUUGGAUAUUCAAAAAUGUGCAAGUGUAGAAGAUGCACUAGCUCGAUUCACUACCUCUGAGCUUCUUCACAAGCAAAAUCAAUAUCGCUGCAGCAAAUGCAACGCGCUGCGAGAUGCUUACAAGCAAAUUACUGUAUUAGAGCCUCCUGUUGUGCUAACUGUUCAGCUAAAGCGAUUUGGUUUUGGUCAUCGUGUUGGCUCUAAAAUCUCAUCUCCAGUACUAUUCAAGACAGUUUUAAACCUAUACCCAUUCAUGUCUCAGUCUACUAAACAGAAUGUGUUAUAUCAUCUUUUUGCAGUAUUGGUACAUUCAGGUGGAUCAUGCCAUUCUGGGCACUACUAUUGCUUUGUAAAGGCACCGGAUGGGUGUUGGUAUUUAAUGAAUGACAGUUUAGUUCAGCAGGUUUCAGAAAAAACUGUGCUCGCACAAUCUGCCUACAUGUUAUUUUAUGUUCGCCAAUCUCUGAAUAAUUCUCACAAGCCAAACGCCGCAUCAUCGAUGAGUACACUCACUGCCAAAUUGCAAAAUGGUCAAUCAAGCCCAAGCAACAUGCAUAGUCUUCAUGAACUUACUUCUGAGCUACGCUUAUCCUUGCCAGAUCGCUCACAGCAUCCAUUAAAACAUCAAAGUUCCAAAAGCAGCUCUUUGCUUGGCACACCGUCAUCUCCAAAACAUACCGUCAAACAAUCAGGCUCUAAUUCUGAAGAAAAGACCGCUCAUCGACAAAUUAAGAAACCCAAGGUUGAUCUUGCCAAUCCUGACCUAAAUACUGUUGACAACUCUAUGAUAAAAUCAACGGAAUCUUGUGCUGUUAAACCUACUCUAAAGUGCAACUCGACUGCUUUAUGGAAUAUUGGCGUCAUCAUCAAUCUCUGA